UUCGAGGCUCUUCGAAGCAGAAACAUUCAUGACUCUUAUAAGUAAGAAGUUACCUUGAGCAGAUUCAGUUGAGGCCCGUCUCUCUGUAAGACAUGGAUCAAACACCUUCUUCUAAAGAAUUCAGUCUCUUAUCUCCUCCCAUUUUCUUACUUCUGCCUGUUAUCUUUAUCAUCAUCAAGCAUAUUGCCUCUCUAUCUUCGAAUCGGCGGCCUCUUCCUCCAGGUCCCAGGCCAUGGCCUAUCGUAGGCAACAUUUUUCAUCUCGACAAAAAGCUACACAUCUCAACGACACGCUUUGCCAAACUUCAUGGCCCUCUAAUUUCAUUGAGGCUCGGUACUCAAGUAGUUAUUUUUGGCUCUUCUCCGACUGCAGCAGCUGAAAUUCUAAAAAAUCACGACCGUUUGCUAUCUGCUAGAUGGACACUUAAAGUGAUUCCGCGCAAAAUCCAUGAACUUGAACGUAUAUCUGUUAUUUGGAAUCCCACAUGCAAUGACCAGUGGAAGUCCUUGCGAGCCUUGUUCAGGACCGAGCUUUUCUCUGCCAAAGCCAUCCAAUCUCAAGCCACUUUGAGGGAGAAGAAAUUGUCAGAGAUGGUGGAAUUUUUUACUACCCAGCAAGGAACAGUAAUCAAUAUUGGAGAAAUUGUUUUUGCUACUGUUUUUAAUACAAUUUCUAAUCUUAUAUUCUCCAAGGACUUGAUUGCUUUGGAAGAUAAAGAGGUGGCUAGUGGAUUGAAAAGCCUGUUUUGGAUGACGAUGGAGUUGGCCUCUGCUCCAAACAUAGCAGAAUUUUAUCCCAUCUUAGAGGGGUUGGAUCCGCAGGGUUUAAGAAGAAAAAUGUCAGAGUGCAUCGAGCAAAUGUUUGGUGUAUGGGAAAUUUAUAUCAAGGAGAGAAGAGAAAAGCAUGUCAAUGAUGCUACCAAAACAGAUUUCUUGGAUGUUUUUCUUUCCAGUGGAUUUGAUGACGAUCUAAUCAAUUGGUUGAUUGCUGAAUUGAUGAGUGCAGGCGUAGAAACUACCACCACAACGGUGGAGUGGGCAAUGGCUGAGAUUCUGAAGAAUAAACGAGUCAUGGAAAAAGUUGGGGAAGAGCUGCAAAGGGUAAUCAACAGGGGCACAAUACACGAAUCUGAAGUUUCUCAACUCACAUACGUUAAUGCAGUUGUAAAGGAAACAUUGAGGUUACAUCCUCCUGCUCCAUUUCUCCUUCCACAUCGAGCUCCUGAAACUUGUGAAGUUAUGAAUUAUACAAUUCCAAAAGAUUCUCAAAUAUUUGUCAAUGUUUGGGCAAUUGGACGAGAUCCUUCAGUUUGGGAAGAUCCUUUGUCAUUUAAACCUGAAAGAUUUUUGGAAUCGAGUUUAGAUUUGAAAGGUCAUGAUUUUGAGCUAAUACCUUUUGGUUCAGGAAGGCGGAUUUGCCCAGGACUAACCAUGGCUACAAGGCAAAUUCCUAUGAUUUUAGCCUCUUUAAUACAUUACUUUGAAUGGUCCCUUGAAAAUGGUGAAGAUCCUGCAACCAUAGACAUGAAUGAUAAGUUCGGCGUCACAUUGCAGAAAGAGAAGCCUCUACUCGUUAUUCCUCGAAGGAAUCGUAGAUUUCGAGAUUGUGUUAUUCCAUGAUUUCUGGAAAUUUGUUAUUUGGGUGUUCAUGCAACUUUCUUAUUAUAAAAUUUAUCUCCUAAAUGUUUCACCGUGAUAUGUUUAGAUACCUUAUCAUCCAAGUAAUCUGAUUUUUCAUUUGCCUUAUCCGUGUACCGCUCUUCAUAAAAUAUGAGAGAUAAUAUGUAUCCAACACAUAUUUAUGUAUUUAAAAUUAAACACUUAAUAAAAAUAUAAUUAUAAUUA